AUGUCUUCGACCAAAUGGAAACGUCAAGCUGCUGUUGGCAUUGAUCUGUUGAACGAAGCUUCUAAUGUGGCUGCCGUACAGCAACUGUUACGUACAAAUCCAUAUUGGGCAAACUAUAUGGCCAGCAGUUCAUUAAUGCAACCACGUCUUGGCAAUUUCCAGGGUACCAAUCCAUUUCCGCUUGGAUUUCAUCCUGGAGUUCCGGGUGUAUUAUCGUUGAAUUCCAUACAGAAUAUUGCAGCUACAACGCCAAAUAGCACCAGUAGCAGUAGCAGUAGUAGUAGUAGUAGUAGUACAUCAUCGUCAGUAACAUCUGCAACGCUACCAACCACAGUAUCGGCAAAUUCUUUAACAUUACCAGUUUAUCCAUUUCAUUUACCACCAACAUCAUUCAGUUUAAAUUUUACUGCUGGAAAUUUGAACAGCGAACAGAAUAAUGCAGUUUUAACAUCAGAUGAAAAAUCUGAAUCAAAAUAG